UAUGCACAUGACAUAAGAGACGAGGCUAAUCAACAGAAUAAAGUCCUGGAUAAGUUGCAGUCAACUUUUGACUCUGCGGGCCAGGUCCUCGGAAACACCGUAGGCCGUGUCUUCGGCAUGCCUGCCAAUCGGGCCAAUAAUCGAAAACUUUGCUGUUACGUACCACUUGUCUUCGUCGGCCUUUUUUUCCUUUACCGUCUUGGUCGCUUCUUUGCUGCAGAUGCUUGA